UUCUACAUGCCAAACAAACGCUUUAUUUCCCCCAGUGGUCCUCCAUAAUUGAAUUCUCUAUUUUCUGAUCUUUCUUUCCAUGAACUCUUCUUCUCCUUUCAAAAAAGCCAUCCCUUCGUCUAUCUUCCUUUCUUCUAUUUCCUCCAUCUCUGCCCAUAUCUUCUUAUUUUCUGCAAAAAUCCGAAGAGAAAUAGAAAUGGGAGUAGGCAGCUGAUGUUCAAGUUCCUAGCUCCCAGGCUUCACCUCCUCCCCGUCUCCCUCAAAUCAAAUCAGACGGCCUCCUCCACCAUGUGGCGCCCGAGGUCCGGCGGGCUAGGCAUGGCUGCCGUUUCCUACGUGGCAGUCGACUACCUUCGCCACCUGUCCCCCACGUGGCACCGUCGUCUCAUGCCUGUCCUCUGGUCCCUCCUCGCUCUCGUCGCCGUCAGCCGCGUCCCGUUCUACAAGCACUGGAGCUCCGAGUUCCGCUCCCUCAAAGCCUUCGUCGCCUCCAUGGUUUUCAUGCUCCUCACUCUUCUCCUUGAAGCCGGCUGCGUCCGAUUCGUCACCGUCGUGCUCGGCCUCGAUUGGCACACUGAUACACAUCCGCUUCCUGACACUGGCCAGUGGUUUCUUUUGGCACUGAAUGAGAAACUACCUCAUGCACUAGUUGAAAUAUUAAGAGCCCGAAUUAUCGGACUGCACCACUUCCUCAUGUUGUUUAUGAUCCUGGCUUUCUCCGUAUUGUUUGACUCUGUGAAAGCUCCUGGCCUUGGACUAGGUGCACGAUAUAUGUUCACCAUGGCCAUUGGCCGUAUUCUUCGUUCCAUAACUUUUGUUUCAACAAUUGUACCAUCACCCAGGCCGUGGUGUGCUAAUGUUCGGUUUGGAGGUUAUUCAUAUCCUCAUCAUUGGGCUCAGAAAUAUUAUGUCCCUUAUGCUUCAGAUUCUAAUGCUAUUCGCCAGGUGUUACAACAGGAUAUAGCCUUUGCUGAUACUGGAGAAUUACUUGGUGGCUACCGUCCGGACUGGGGCCCCAUGAGCUUCUUGAUUGAUUUCUUGCGACCCACCCCAUCAUCAGGAUCGUGGUAUAAUUUGCUGAGGACUGCUGGAGGCGGCUGCAAUGACCUCGUGUACAGUGGGCAUGUUCUAGUUGCUGUAUUGACAGCUAUGGCUUGGACGGAAGCAUAUGGUGGUUUUAGCUCGGGCUUCAUAUGGUUACUUGUCUUGCAUUCUGCACAGAGAGAAAUACGGGAACGACACCAUUAUACUGUAGAUGUUGUUGUAGCUACUUAUGCAGGAAUCCUCAUUUGGAAGAUGACAAGUUUUCUCUGGUCAGCCAAGGACACAUCCACAAGUAGGAGGCUUAAUGUACUAGAGAAAAUUCAUAGUCGACUGACCCAAGCCGCUAAGGACGACAAUAUAGAUGAAGUGAGAGAACUCCUUAGAGAGGUUGAGUUGGUCAGUCUUGAGGACCAGAAAUCCCCAAGCAAGAAUAUGCAUUUACUUGGAAGUGGUAUUGUAAUUUCUGCAAUCAUCAUUGUUCUUCUAGCGUUAGUAUUGACUAGUGAUGGAUAACAUUCCCGCAUGAUAGCCUUCAACAUUUUACAAAGUCAAAUCAUUUUGGUUCCAUGGAUUGUAUGUUGUAACAUUGUAUAUGCACCGCGUUCCACCGUAGCAGGUUGAGGUUUUCUCAUAAUCGGUAGAAAGAUGCAGAAACUUAAGUUCUAACU